AUGAGAAAAAACUUUGUAAGGCUGAAAUUUGCCUCCAGUUCUGAUUUAGCCGGCUCAGAGAGUGACAAACUACUCUAUCAGCUGCAGUCUGCUCUGGAAUUAAGAGGGAUCACCAACGUCAAACUGUCCUGGACAAAUCCUCCUCAGCGAGAGGUGAAACAGGACGUCAUUGAGGAAGUCUCUCAAACAUUUUACUUCAUUAAACACAUUUUAGGCAAUGUGGCAAUAGGAAAAAAUGCUACACAGUCUCCCACACAUCUCGCCUGGGAAGCCGAAAAAGCUAUUGAUGGUAUUAAAAAUGACAGGACAAAGUGUUCCUCAACCGGUUAUGGGAAUAACUCGUUUUGGAGGCUGGAUCUGCUGAACAUCUACAGGGUUUACACGGUGGUCGUCACUAACCGAAUAGACUGCUGUUCAGAGCACCUAAACGGAGCCGAGAUUCGUGUUGGAAACUCCUUGAAGAAUAACGGCAACGAUAACCCUAAAUGUGCAGUCAUUUCCAGUAUUCCAGCUGGUGUGUCCUACUUUUACUUAUGCGUUGGGAUGGUGGGUCGUUAUGUGAACUUGGUAAUCCCUGGAGUAAUGAAGGUCCUUACUUUGUGUGAGGUGGAGGUCUACGGGACAGAGUUCAUGUUAAGCAGAACAUUCAUAAAGGUAAAGCUUCACUCCAGUGCCAAUUUGACUGACCCUGUGACGAGAGACAAACUAUUGGAAGAGCUGAAAUCAGCUUUGAAGAUCCCUGAUGUGAAUCUGAGCUGGAUUCGACCUCCAGUGGAAACCUUCACUAAGGAUGCAGGACGGCAAAGUCUGUAA